AUGUUAAAGAAGGAUGCUCUUUGCAACACAACAACUACAACUGACAAAUCAAAACGAUCCGAUGAUAAAGAUACCGUAGAACCAAUAUCUCCCGAAGCUGUUGCACCUGAAGCACAAAUUCAUCUACAUGUUGAUGACACGAAUACUCCACAUCAUCAUGAUGAUAAACAAAUUAUAAAUGAAAAAACUCCUGAAACAAAAUCUAUAAAAGAUAGUGAGGAAGAUAUUAAUGAUUUAAAUGAAUCAAUACAAGAUUUAAUUAUUGAAUAUCGUAUAAAAGAACAAGAAAAAAAUUCUAAAAUAGAUCAAGAUAAUGAAGAAGAAAUCGAUGCUGAUGCCGAUGAUGAUGAUGAUGAUGAUGCUAAUUUACAACGUAUAUUAAAACAAAUAGGUGUUAGUUUACAUAAUAAAUAUCGUCAAAAACAAAAUGUUGAUCAAUCAUCAACAAAAUUAUCGAGUAUGAUACAAGAUUUAUAUCAAACAUUAAAAAAAACUCAACCACAAUUAUUUACAAAAUCAUCACGAACAGAUAAUUCAAAUGAUAAACAACCAUUAACAGAUAAAAUUUCUACUGAAGAAUUAAAAGAAGAUGAUGAUAGUGAUGAAGAAGAAAUUGUUCCAUUAACACCUGAAAUGGAACGUGCUAAUACAAUUUAUCAUCAAGCUAUUAAAUUAAUUAAUGUUACAGUUAAUCGACAACAUGAAACUGCUUAUAAAUUAUUUAAAGAAGCAGCUAAUUUAGGUCAUAUUGGAGCAAAAGAAGAAUUAGCUUUUGCUCAUCUUAUUGGUGUGCAUUUACCAAUGGAUUUUGAUCAAGCAAAAAAAUAUUUUGAUCAAGGAGCUGAAAUAGGUUCAGCAAAAUCACAUUUUGGACUUUAUUUUAUGAAUAGUGCUGGACUUAUUCCAAAUGCAAGUAUUUCAAAAGCUCUUAUACAUUUAUCAUUUGCUGCUAUUGAUGGUUACAGUCCAGCUCAAAUGACUCUUGGUUAUCGGUAUUGGCGUACAGUUUCUCUUGCUCAUAGUUGUGAAUCUGCUUUAAUGUUUUAUAAACAAGUAGCAACAUAUGUCUCAUCAAAAAUGACAUCGGCAACUGGACAAUUAAUUCAACGUAUUCGUUUAUAUGAUGAAGAAGAACAUCCAACACAAAAUAAUAUUAUGGUUGAUGAAGAUCUUGUACAAUAUUAUCAAUUAUUAGCUGAUCGAGGCGAUGCACAAGCUCAAUAUGGUCUUGGUCAAUUAUAUUAUUUACGUGAUACAGCAUUUGAUAAAGCACUUUAUUAUUUUCGUUUAGCUGCUGAAAAUGGAAAUUCAAAUGCAAUGGCAUAUUUAGGAAAAUUAUAUUCAGAAAAAAAUGAUUAUAUUAAACAAAAUAAUGUAACGGCUUUACAAUUUUUUCAACGUUCAGCUGAAAAAGGUAAUCCUAUUGGACAAGCUGGUGUUGGUAUGGCAUUUUAUCAUGGUGCUGGUGUUGAACAAAAUGAUGAAAAAGCAUUUAAAUAUUUUCAAUUAUCAGCUGAUCAAGGUUAUGUUGAAGGACAACUUAUGCUUGGUAUUAUGUAUUAUAAAGGUGAAGGUGUUAAACGUGAUUAUAAAAUGGCUAUUAAAUGGUUUCAAGCAGCAUCACAAUCAGGUCAUGCACUUGGCUAUUACAAUCUUGGACAAAUGCAUGCUACUGGUACAGGUGUAUUACGAUCGUGUACAACAGCAACAGAACUUUUUAAAAAUGUUGCUGAACGUGGUAAAUGGUCAAGCAUGUUUAUUGAAGCAUAUAAUCUUUAUAGACAAGGUCAUAUUGAACAAGCAUUUAUGAAAUAUUUAUAUUUAGCUGAACUUGGAUAUGAAGUUGCACAAUCUAAUGUUGCAUAUUUACUUGAUCAAAUGCCAAAUCAAUUGAUUAAUAUUUAUGAUAAUAAAGAAGAACAAUAUAGAAGAGCUUUAAUUUAUUGGAAUAGAGCAGCAAUUCAAGGUUUUCAUACAGCCCGAGUUAAAUUAGGAGAUUAUUUUUAUUAUGGUUAUGGUACUGAACAGAACUAUGAAGCAGCAGCAACACAUUAUAAAUAUGCAAGUGACCAAAGUCAAAAUCCACAAGCAAUGUUUAAUCUAGCCUAUAUGCAUGAAAAAGGCUUAGGAUUAAAAAGAGAUAUACAUUUAGCAAAACGUUUUUAUGAUAUGGCAGCAGAAACAAGUGUUGAUGCUUAUUUACCUGUUAGUAUUAUUCUAUUCAAACUUCAUUUGGAAUUAUUAUGGGAAAAAUUAAUUUCAAUAUUUUUUUCAUCACCAUCAUCAUCAUCAUCAACUGAACCAAUGACAACAUCAACUACGACAUCAACAACAACAUCAAAUGUUAAUGAAAAUCAUUCAACAACAAUUGAUUUUGAUUCAUCAUGGGAUUUAUAUUUAAUGGCAGCAUUACUUGGUCUUAUCGGUGCUUUAUAUACAAUUCGUCGUCAGCGAGCUGCUUUCCAACAACAACAACAACAACAGCAACCAGUUCAAGCUCCGGUGCAGUGA